AUGGUCACCACCACGCCGACGCUGGCGGCGCUGCUAAAGGGGUUGCGGCAAGUGUCGCCUGACUCUUCUGCCUCUAGAGCGAUGGAGCAGGCUGCUGACCGCCUUAUUUCCACCUCGUCGUUGGCCGAGGCGCAGAACCUCGUAUUUGCACUGCAAAAUUGCGCAAAAGACCAUCACUCUGCUGGACUGACUGGACGUUUCUAUGACAAACUGCAACAAGCUGCAGCAAUCUGCACCGAGCCAUCCAGUAAGGCCGAGUUCCUCGGCUUCACACUCUUCCAGGAGAGUGUCCAUCUACUAGAUACACUGGAAGUGUCCACUUUGCGUCGCGUGUUGUUCAAGGUCCUGAACGCCAACAUGGGCGUAUUGUCCGGCUAUUUGGCUGCUCUCACGUCUGUUAAUGGACCCAUUUGCAACUGCCAAGUGGACAUUGCAACAGUGCAGCGGACACUUGAAAUAAUAUCUCCUGUCUUCAAAACUGUCCUCAUGGACACUUUGCAGACAGAAGGACACAAAGCUGCGGUAUUAAACAGCAUCGUCUCCAUCGCCUGGCGCUUUGAGGACAACUCAUCUGUGCGCACAGCUCUCGUCCGUAUCCUAGUGGACGCACUGGAGCUCGUGCCUCACUCGCAGCUCUCCCAGGCGACGUACGCGUCUCACGUGUCACUAGUCGUUGAGUUACUGAGCUCAUUUACCGCUCCGACGAAGGAGCAGGCGGCUCUGGCGACGCGAACGGCGCGUUUCGUGCUAGAAUCGGUGCAGCUUUUGCUCGAAAGCGACGUGGGCGUUGUGUCGCUGCUGCAGGCACUCGGCCAACUGGCUCGACAGGUGCCUAAGGCGCUCUGGUGCUCGGUGUUUCUAGCUUCCGCUGCGUAUUUCCUAGUGGACAAGUGUGAGACGCCCUUGGAGCAGCAACGCACCGUCUAUGUGGAAAUCCUGCUGCUGCCUCUGUCGUCUCUGGCUGCUGUACACGGCAGCACGGCGUCUGAAUUGCUUCAAAAGGUGAUCGCCAUCAAGACCAAGAGCAAAUAUCAUGUGAACCACGCGAGUGAAAGAGACGCAGCCUUGACAGCGACUGCAGUUCACGCUCGGUCGGCUGUGCAGCUGAUUGGCGAUGCAGAAGGCUGUCAGCGCUGGCUGAACACCUUGUUCUCGACCGACGACGCUGCAUCUACAACAGCUAACAAGUCGACGGACAAGUGGCUGGCGUUAGUAUUGAGCGCGCUGCUGUCGGAUACGCGAUCGUGUGUCCGUAAGUGUGCUGCGGAGUGUCUGACGCGUCAAGUGAAGAGCUCGCCCAAGGUCUGGGGCGCGGAGACUACCAAAGCGCUCGUGUCGAGUCUGGUUUUCCUCGUUUCUCAGCACCCAGCGACAGAUCUCAAGCCAGCGUCAGCACGUCGCUAUGGUCUGUGGAUGACGUCGUGUUUGUAUUCCUUGGCGGGACUCGCAGCUACGACAACGGAUACGAUGCGCGUCAUCCUGCGUCUACUUGACAGCAUGAAUAACACGACCAAGAUGCGGCCGAUGGCGCUCCAACUCAUGUACGAAGUGUGGCAGAAAGAGACGCGCGUGUUCCCUCGACUGGAGACGAUGCUGCUCGAGUCAACUUGUCCGGACGACGAUACGGAGCGUCACGUCGUGAGGAUGGCUACAAUCAAAGCCUUGUGUGAGGAAGACCCCGAGCUGGGUGUGCAGUUCAUCGCAGCUAUCCAAGCGUUUCUCGAAGACAAAUUACAGUCUGUAGUUGCCAUGGCCAUGGACGCCAUCACGGCGUUGUGUGGAGCUGACUGCUUGGACUUUUACGUGGCGUUCAAGAUCAUCUCACAGAAGAUGCGCAAGAACAAGGUGACGUGUGCGGACGAGCCUCUCUUCCAGGAGCGUCUAUGCUGCUUUUACGCUCUUGGUGGUGCUGAGAGUAGAGCGAAUGAAAAACACGCAGUGAAGCUGCUACACCAGACGUGGGAGUUUGCUGACAGUGAGCAUUUAACUGUGAGGAAGGCUGCGUAUGCGGCCAUGUGCACGUUCCCGCUGGAUCUGUUGGGUCUUUGCAUGUCGGAUAUGGAACAGGAGAGUGAAGACGAAGAGCAAGCGACGGAGGAGGAAGUCGAGGAGCAAGUGGAAAAUCUACUGCAGCGUCUUGAGGGUGAACAGGAAGCAGCUGUUCGCACUGAACUCGAGACGUUGGUAGCGAGAGUUAUCGAGUAUGAGAGUGCCAAACUCACGGCUGGCGUUGGACGAGGACAGCGCGUGGCGUCUGCGGCUCAAGCGAGUGUCUCAGCUGCAGCAACGAAGGAGAUGAAGGCGCUUCUUCCUUCACGAGCAGAGGUGCAGUCCUCGAUGUCUGAAAUAGUAGACUGGAGUGGCUUUCUGCUGGCGUAUCAACCCAAGGCGGUGAUCGACACAAGGAACGUUAAGCGGAAAGACAAACUGGUGCGUCUGGCGACUCAAAACGUGGACGAAUUGAUGGAAACAGUCGCGUCUGCGCUUCAGGCUAUGGAGCUACCGUGGACAGUGACAGACACAGCGACAGAUUGCGAGCUGUUCUUACGUACACAAGUCUUGAUGGAGGGAUGGCGCGGGUUUAUGGCGACGUACGUGACGUCAUUGGACGAAUUAGCGCAGCUGAAGACUCCCGUGGGUGUUGACGAUGCCGACGUUGGCUUCCGUGUCUUCUCGGAGGGUGGUGAAGGUCUGUUUGACGCGUUGUUACAUGGCAAUAACAAGAUUGGAGGCGCGGUGGCUGCUGGAGCACUGGCCGGACAGCUGUGGGAGUCGAGACAUUGGCAAAACCCGCAACUUCGUCUGAAAUACGAGGAAAUUGUUGAAGAAUUGACACGUUUAUUAGCUUUGUCGAUGGAGAAGAGUCGAGUGUUCUCGACUGACGACGGUGACGCUCGUAGCUCGUCUAUUGGAGCUUUGAUCGCGCUUCAGCUUGCGCUUGGUAGACGACAAGUGGAUGCUACUGAAGACUGCAGCACGUUCUGCACUCAACUAGAGAAGAUCGACAAGAUGUUUGUGGACAUUUACACGAACGCAUCGGACGGUAUGGUAGAGGCCUGUGCGUUGCUAGGAUUGAGUCACGUGGCUGCUCUUUAUUCGAACGGAGAAGAGCUGGAGACAUUGGCAGAGGCUCAAUGGAGACAACGACGCGUUAAACCGAUCGCAGAGCGCAUUCUCGAGUCGUUUCUGUACACGAAGCAGCAACGUUCGUCUUCGUCGUGUCAUGGAGACGUGGUAUUCCCUCUGGACAAUAGCGGAGUGAGUGCUUCUAUUGACAAAGUGGCAGCUGAUUUACAACGAAUAUCAUCUAGUGACAUGCUGUUGUCAUGGGCGGCGUCGAUGGGGCUAGCGCGACUAGCUAGUGGGUUCUCGAGUAUUAAGCGCUUGGACUGGCUUGCUAAUGUGCGCAGAGUCCUAAGCGAUGUAUGGAGAGCGAGCGACUCCGCUGGUGUCUCAGCUGUCGCCCUGGGUCCUGUGUUACUGCACUGUGUUCACUUCAACGUGGCACCUUCGUCAAGCCUCGAGACUUUCGUUGCAACUUGUAUUCAGCGUGCAGCCGACAACGUCGAUAGUGGGUUUGUGAUGAUAGCAGCGGCGUUCGUGUUGUGUCGUUUGGAUUCGUUUGGAGGCUUCCCUAGCACUAUCCAAGAGCAGACCACGUCGGUCGUCAAGCAGAUCCAAAGAGCGCUAGAAGACGGUCGUGGUGCUGUGCGUUCAUUGGCCUUACCAGCUCACAACGUGGAGCUUACGCUCGAUAACGAGACCAUUGCGAAGCUGGUGAAGUCGGUUCGAGUCGGGAAUGAACGUGUGCGUGGGGGUUCAAGUGCCGUUCUCGGGGCUAUUGCGCGUACGGCGGACGGCUUUUACGUUUCACACAAGAAGAAAUCGUUUGACGUUGAGAUCCGCACGCUGCCGUCGACCAGUUUGUUAGUGAAGACUUUAGAGUGGCUACGACAGACGAAUCCGAGUGAUAGCGAAGCGGACACGAAGACUGCGAUGUCGUUAUUAGGCUGCUUGACAUCGACGGGAACUGUGCUUCCGUUAUUGGAUUACGCCUCGUUAACUCGUCGCGUGAUGUUCCGGUUCUGCUCGGUUGAUACAAGCGUGGCUUGUGUUAGAUUCGCAGCUACUCAAGCGAGUUGUGACGAGCUUGUAGCUGGUGACUUGCUCUCUAGCCGAUGGUUCGGACACGCCGACGCAGCUCUGCAAGCAGAGUUGAUGACGUGGAUUGCACACGCAGCUACUCGCGUGUCGACGGACGUGCUGCGAGGCUUGUUGACAACUAUCUUUGAUAUUCUCAAGGAUAUUUGGCGACGUGAUACUUCUAGCAGCACAAGUAUACUGCUCUUUGACAGCUGGACAGCUAUGCUGCGUAACAUUUUGGAAGCCAACUCGACGCGCCGUGUUCCUGAGAGCUCUGUGGCCAUGGUGAACCAUGUUAUUCUACAGAAAAUAGUCGUGGAGAUUCCAUUCGGGCCGCAUGCUUCGUCUCUUGUAAGGCAAUUUGCUUCACGUGUUCUGUCCAAAGUGGACUACGGCGAACGUGGCUGUGCUGACUCCUUCCUAAUGCCGACGAAGUCUAAUUCUUCUGAUUGGAGCUGGUGGAGAAGUGGACUUUUCAUCGUCACGCUAGCGAAGCUCAACGCUCUGAAACUCACGAAACGGGAGGCGUCACUGGCGUUCCAGUGGAUUUUACGCCAUGAUUUUGACGAAUGGACCGACGACAAACUCGUGGAGUUGUACUUGCAGCCACUUAUCGCCGAGGUCGGGGCGCUGAUUGCCCAACACACGAGACCUGCCGAGACUGUGUCUUGUCUUCUGGACGUGAUCGAUGCCUUCAGUCGGGGGUUAUCUGCUCUUGAUGCUUCUGUACACAAACGCCGUGCGUUGUUUGACGUUAUGGGCUAUGUGCUGAGCUGGAAGUCAGCGUGGAGUCACGAGCGAUAUCUACUCGCGCUUGCUGAUGUGGACACAGCAGCGGAGUUGCUGCCGUUCGGGUAUAUCGCGUGCGCUCACAACUCCAAAACAGUGUCGACCUUGGGUGAGAGAUUGCUAGCACUGCUACAGCAGAUGAACGAUGUCACUGUGGAUGAAACGAGGAAGUACGUUGUCGCUUUAGAUUCGUGUAGCCGGCAGAUGUACAUUGCGGCGGAUCGAUGGUAUAUUACAAGUACGACAGCGGCGGAAAUCAGAGAUUGGUGGAGUCUCAAGAAAACGACCUGA